UGCAAGUGAUGUGAACUCUCCCCGCAUAUGCGGAGGAAUACUUUACACAUAGCAAUGGCCUGGGAUCCCCAGACCUGGUCCAGAGUUCUCAUCACUACGAUAGCCUGGUUUGGUCAAGCUGUGAACCUCAGAUAGUCGUUUCUUCACCAGUCUCACUGAACGGUUUGAAUCGAAUCCUGACCACAGGAUGGCUCUGAAUUACGCCUACUAUCUACAGCACCACUAUGUGCUGGUCGCCCUCCUCCUUACAAUCAUACCCUGCGUGCUCCUGUUAAAAAUCCGGUUCAGGAAAGGACUAAGAGACAUUCCUGGUCCAUUCCUAGCCAGCGUCUUGCCGCUUGACAGGAUUUCCACGGCAUAUUCUGGACAUCAAUUCGCAAAACACCUUGCUUAUCAUGACAAGUACGGCCCAGUCGUCCGGAUAGGUCCGAAGCAUGUCUCGAUCUCAGACUCGGACCAGAUCUCCGUGAUAUAUAGUAUCACAUCCAAGUUCAACAAGAGCGAUUUCUACACGCUGUUCCACGCAAAGUCACCUGUGGGUAACAUCCCGACAGUCUUUUCGAUCACAGAUCCUGAGGGCCAUCGCAGCCUGAAACGACCGGUCGGCGCGGCAUACGCGUUGAGCGCGCUGCUCGACUUGGAGACCUUGGCAGACGAAUGCACGAAGAUAAUGCAGAGGAAGCUCGACGGUCUCGAAGGCAGGAACAUCGACUUUGGAACCUGGCUGCACUGGUACGCCUUCGAUGUGAUCACGUACAUCACGUUCUCGAACGCAAUGGGCUUCCUGGAACGAGAAACAGAUGUCCAAGGCAUUAUAUCCGCCAUUGAAGGCCGCUUGUUCUACAACUCCAUCAUCGGCCAGGUGCCGUCUUUGCACAAGUAUCUGCUCGGCAAUCGGUAUAUCUCGAAACUAGCCGACAUGAUCCCGAGUCUGGCGCGGCUCAAUUCGUCACGAUACAUCGUCAACUUUGCCGGCGAGCAAAUGUCCCGAAGACAAGGGACGACCGCGGAACAUGGUAAGAAAGAUAUGAUUGCAAGGUUCAAGCGUGGCAAGGAAGGUGAGCAGGUCAUGACUGACAAGGAACUUCUGGGUCAUGCUGCUUCGAAUGUAUUCGCGGGCAGCGACACCACCGCUAUCUCUCUGCGUGCCAUGUUUUACUACCUUCUGAAGAACCCGAGGACGUAUAGUACCGUCGUCGACGAGAUUCUCUCCUUUGAUGCUCGAGGUGAGCUGUCGGAGUAUAUCACUUACAAUGAGGCUCAGCGCAUGCCGUAUUUCCAGGCGUGCAUGAGAGAAGCGCUGAGGAUGCACCCGGCCGUUGGCCUCUUACUGGAAAGAAUCGUACCGCUGGAAGGCGCGACGAUAUCCGGUGCGUUCUUGCCUGGUGGCACGGUUGUUGGAAUCAAUCCCUGGGUGGCUGCGAGAGACAAGAACGUGUAUGGCGCGGACGUGGAUGUCUUCCGGCCGGAACGGUGGAUUGAGGCAGACGAGAGGACUCUCAAGCUCAUGGAUAGGAAUUGGUUGGCGUUCGGCGCUGGUGCAAGGACAUGUCUCGGUAAGAAUAUCUCGUUAAUGGAGAUGUCGAAGUUAGUGCCCCAGCUCUUAAGACGAUAUGAUAUCCGGUUGGCUGAUCCACUGGCGGAAUGGACUCUGCAUGAUUACUGGUUUGUGAGGCAGGAGGGAUUGCGGUGCGUCUUCACGCGGCGGACCAAGUUGCCUCAGCCUCAAUAAGGCCUAGUAAAUCGACCGUGGUGGAAGGGGCCAAGUCUGUGCGAUAUAAUUCGGCUAUCGGUCGGAGUAAAACAUCAUACGAGAAGUGCUAAUGCCAAGGGGAUGACACUUGGACAUCGCCAACCUAUCUAGGUACAUGGGAGCAGUAUGACCCGCAGUCUAGAAUAUCAACUUUCCGGCUGGACUUAAUCGUCCCUCCAUUUGGCUCGACUACAGUUACUGUGUUCUGACCUCAACCGAGACUCCUUUCCCGUUCUGAACGUCCUCGGUGGACAUUGUGUCUUUGCCAAUUCGGGUGUUUCGGAUGGGCCUCACCACUAACCCAUCCAUACAAACCAUCCUCAUCGAAAUCAGGAUCGUCCAUGUAUGAUCCCCAAACAUGGCUCCGGUCGGUGGUUGGGUCGUACACCGUGCUU